AUGGCGGGCCACCACACGCCUGCGGGCGAAUAUGGCGAGGAAUGGGCGCGAGACCUUCGAGUCCAGUUCGAGGGCUUGUUACGAGACAAGCGUAUGAACGAUCUUCGAAAUACAUCCCGACAAAGCUCUCCAAGCCUGGGAGAUCAAUCCCCUCGCAUGCAAAACUCACAUUUUCCAGCCGAUAACCGACCCUCAGCGUCUCAAGGACCUGCUCUCCCUUCUUACGCCGCCCUACGACAUCUUCCCAAGAUCCCGUCUCCUCCUGCUGCCGGCGACCGUGAUUCUCAAAAGUUUAGAAACCUCCUCAUCAGCUUAUCAUUAACACCAACCAAAUACGAGAACCCUGGUCUGCUUGACGAGGCUUUGCAAACCAUUCCAUUGGAUCGCAUCUAUGGCGAGGCCGAGGAAGAGACUCAGGUUUUGCAAGCUCAGGCUGAGAGUAUGGGUGACGGACGAAAACCUGAAUGGGGUUAUCAAGACUGUGUUAUUCGGGCAUUACUAAGAUGGUUCAAGCGAUCAUUCUUUAGCUGGGUUAACAACCCACCAUGCCCAUCCUGCUUAUCUCCCACCAUCGCUCAAGGCAUGACUGCCCCUACGCCUGAGGAGAGCGCUUGUGGUGCUCUUCGCGUUGAGUUAUAUCGAUGCUCUGCUCAGCAUUGUGGAGCUUACGAACGCUUCCCUCGAUAUGGCGAUGUCUGGCGGUUAUUGCAAACUCGACGAGGACGUGUUGGUGAAUGGGCCAACUGCUUUAGCAUGCUCUGCCGAGCUGUCGGCGGUCGUGUCCGCUGGGUUUGGAACGCCGAAGACCACGUCUGGACCGAGGUGUACUCAGACCACCAGAAGCGAUGGGUUCAUGUGGAUGCUUGCGAGGAAGCAUGGGAUAAUCCUCGCCUCUAUGCUGAGGGAUGGGGUAAGAAGAUGUCUUACUGCAUCGCCUUUUCUAUUGAUGGUGCUACCGACGUUACUCGACGAUAUGUUCGCAAGAACCAACACGCUUCUGAGCGUAACCGAUGCCCCGAAGAGGUUCUCCUCUAUGUUAUGCAAGAGAUCAAGAACAUGCGUCGCUCCAACAUGAACAAGGACGAGCGCUUCCGAUUGGAGAAGGAAGACACUCGGGAGGACAAGGAGCUUCGAGGCUACGUUGUAGCUUCGAUUGCACAGGCGGUGACCGAUCUGGUUCCCGGCUCCCCCGGUGGAUCAAACCACACAACAGCCAGUGGAAGCGAUACCAAGGUGCCUGCUGAGCAACCUGGCCGACAAACUGGAACUGCUGAGUGGUUGACUGCUCAACAACAACAAUCUCACAACCGAUAUCAACAACCCCGCGAUCCCAGCCACCGACGACCAUUGCCUUAA